AUGACCAUCUCCUACGAAUCCUCGGCAACAGCGGAACACCCGACAACCAACCACACCUACAGUCCACCCCUGGACAGCAUAUUCCUCCUCCUACCAAUCCUCCUCGUACCAACCAUCUUCCUCCUCCAUCGCAUCCACAAAGACUACCAAGCCUUCCUCGCCCUCGGUCCCGGCGGCACUCCAUCGACCCCAACAGGCUACCUCCGCAUCUGCCUCCUCCGACUCUUCACAAUCCGGGACCCCUUCCAACCGCCCUCCCUCCCACCAACCCUCCUCCCCAAGACCGGCCUCCUAAACUCCAACAACCUCCCGCAACGCCAUGGCCCACGCCCCACCGUCGCCGGGAUAGCUCCCCAGCGCCAAAUGACCCAAAAGGCCAAUCCAGCCAUGUACGAAACCCUCGCAACCGAGAUCCAGAAAUUAGUAUCCCAAAACCCAGACGCCCUCUACGAAGGGACCUCAUGCUUCGAAAAACACAGCACGGGCAUGUUCUGCUCCAGCACCGACACACCCCAGCAACAAAGCGCAGGCACGCUCAAAGACCGCGACAUCUCCUCACUAAUGAUGUCCCGCAACCAACAAUGGCGUCACCGCCGCACCUGCAACGGAGAAGUAUGUCACGCGCACCCCAGCGACGGAAGUCUGCAUUUGACGCUGCAUCCGGCGGACGUGAAAGCAGUGAUCGAGCGGGGCUGGGGUCAGCGACAUCCAUUAACGCGGGAGAGCUGGUGGUGGUGUUAUUUGAGGACUGUACCGACGGGGUUCGUCAUGAUCUAUGCGCCGAGGGAUCAAAAGGAGUUGGAAUGUGUCUUGAAGAUUAUUCGUGCUGCGGCGUGGUGGGUGAGCGGGGAGGAACUGGUGCAGCAGAAGACGCAGAAGUGGGAGGGAGCACCUGUUCGUCGUCAAGUUGUCGAGGGAUGUAGGUGA